ACCCUCUAAUGGCAAAUUUUCAAAUGCUUUACUUAUAACCCGCUCGCUCGAAACGCCACUGCCAACUCCGUGUUUCAAUAACUAGACCAUCUAAUCUCAGGCUACUACUAUCAAUGAUUGUUAUAGAUUGUCUUCAUUAUUAAACGCAGAUGGGUUGUAUGUACCUAUGAAGUCUUCGGAUCGCUUUUGAUUUUUCUCUUUUCUCAAGAUUCUUACGUAUAAGCAGCUGUGGAUACUUCUACAGUACACAAAGCACCUUAAUACGGUACAAGAAUUGACUUAGUUUGAAAUCUCAUUGUUAUUUGAGUUGAUGAACUGUUCUAUUCGUGUGAAUUAUCAAUGAACAAGUCUUCAUCAUCUCACAUUCCACUCCCAAUCCAAAGCUUUCUAUUUUCGCAGACAUGUUCGUUUUUGCAGAAACCCUCGGCAAGGGACGGGGUCUGUACUACUUUUGAGAAGGUUUUAGUACAAAAUAUACUACAUGGUCGAUCAAUAGUUCUGUGCGAGGCUAUACACUCAAUAAGCAGAUGGAAAUUUGUGAAGGCUGCAUUGCCUCAUGUACUUCAUUGUGGUGCUAUAAUGCUUCGAGAAAAGUUACGGGACAAAUCUGAUGCAGACCUACCUCAUCAAAAACAUGCAUUAAACAGUUGCGGAUUGUCUCAUGAUCGAACACGACUGAAUUUCAGUCAGACAGAAACAAAGUUGCUCUACACACUUCACUGGAUUCUAUUAGAUGCCGCUUCAGAGUGUGAGGAUGCAGAAAUAGAGGCUUCUAAUCAUCCAGCUUCCAUACCCAAACAUUCAACUGAUCGUUAUGUUCACGACUUGGCGUCACUUCAGUUAUUCAUUUAUUUAUAUGCUCCAAUUAUUGAGCAACUUAAGCCAACCGAUUUCGAUACUCUCAAGUUAGAAGCAGGAUUACGCUUAUGGAUUCCAUUAAUGGAAUAUUGUCAACCAAAUCGUGGGACAUUAUCAUCACCUGUUAAAUUUUUUACUCAUGAUUCAAAUAUACUAUCUCGGCCAGUUGUAACAAAUAUAGAUGGAAUAGAAAGUCCUAAAACGUCAUCCAUUUUAAACGAUUAUAUUAAGAGGAAAUCUUCGAGUUUGGAAACUUCUGAAGAAAUACCUUCGGAUGUUCAUACUGUUAAUAUAUCGGAUAAGGGUUCCGAAAUCAAUCAUAAAUUACCAUUAGCUGUGAAAUCAUUCGAGUUCUUAGUUGACAGUGCUUCCAUCCCCCAUGUUGAAGCCAAUUCAGACGAGUCAGUAAGCAGUGCAAUAAAUAUUCCAGAUAACUAUCAGCCUUCACUGACUCAUGCGCAUAACUCAACUGGGCAUAUCUUAUAUUUACAACCCCCCAAAGCUACACCUGAAUACCUGGAUGAUGAGGAAGAAUUCAGCGAAAAAUCCAUUUCAGAAGCUGCAGUCACAGGAACGACGGCUACAGCGGCAGUUGUGCCAGAUGUCUUUCCACCAAAGCAAGAACAAGAACAUGUAGCUCCAGGAUUCGAACGCAUUCAAAAAUUUUUAAAUUCAUUCACGGAUCCGUAUAAACAAUUAUCUGAAAAGUUAAAAUAUUCUGUGGCCGACAGUGAAUUCAUUCAACCAUCUGUUGGAACUUAUUGUAUGUUUGCUACACAUUGUGACCUGGCUGUAAUACGGUGCUUAUUCUGUCCUGAAUGGUGUGAAUCCGGUAUCUACUGGUCGCUAUGCUAUUUAUUCAAUCGUUUAUUGCAAAUACGCUCAGAAUGGAUCAAAAUUAAACCGAAUAACCGUAAAUUACUAAGGUUACGCAGAGGCAAUCUUCCGCCUGAACACUUGUUUAAAUGGAUACCAGGAUUGUGGUCAGCAGCAUCGUCACAUCAAGCAAGGAUAAAUCAUAUCACUGGAGAAAUGGUGAAGGAAAUUCGGAGUCUAUCAUUACCUAAUAUAUCGUCAAGGUGUAUGUCAAGUAUUUGUCAGCAUAAUCCAACUGAACAGUGCAACAGAGAAUUUGAACAAGACAGUAAAAACAAUGACUUAACUCAACAUAAGCAUACGAAACAACAGGAAGAACUUUGUGAAGCUCAGUCGAACAGUACCAGUAACUUCAUCCAGUCAUACUCUGGGAACAGUGGUACCCCUUCCUCGAUCAAACAUUCCACUAUAUCAAGUCAUUUGGAUGAAUCGUUAAAUCGGAAAGGUAUAUCUUGCAUAGUUGGAUCAUCUUCAUCUUUAUUGAAUAUUGAUAAGUCUGAAUCUAACCUUAUGAAAUUAGAAUGCCCAAAAGAUAGAGAGCAACAACAAUGGCAGCCACAGCAACUUAAUACUAGUCCUUUGCUAACCGAUAUUGGUCUCAGUGAUUCAUCAUUUACGCUCCCACUGCCCAUUGUUAACUUUGGAGGUCAGCAACAGCAAAAUCAACAGCAGCAACCCGCCUGGAGAGGUUCUAAACGUUCAAGAAUUACUGAUAUUAAGGAACGUUUUACUCGGGCGUCAAAGUUCAAAUCUGGGGAUGCAAGUAUGAAAUUUCAACCUUUAUCUUCUAUUGAAGCACCAGGCAUGACUAGCAUAAACAACCUGAUCGAAUGUGAUCAGCCGUCGGUAAUGACUGGGGAAAAACAAGUCUCCUACACGCCGACAAAACGAUCGGCUCAAACAGGAAGUGAAAAGCUACGGCUAGCGCCAAAUGAAAAACCGUUUCAAGGACUCGACACGACAAGUAAUGAUUCUGAAGCUAAUAAACGUGAUCCACCUGUUUCGUGCAAUGCUUCUUCCCUUCAUAGUGGACUUAAACUUGGUUUACCACCUUGUACACCUUCAAUAGCAGUGGCUAUUAAGCCAGUUGAUAACACAGAUACAGUUUCGAAUGAUGAACAGUUAUUUGCUAAGACACUUCCUCGCAGUCUUACUGAUUCAGAUAUAAUAUAUCAUAGCUCAGAGAAGGUAGAUGAAGUUCCAGGAGCUGCAUACUACAUUACACCUAAUGGUCAUUUAGAUUAUUCUGUUAUUUUGAGAAGUCUUUAUUGGUGUAGCACAGUACACACAUCAAGUCGUGUUUGUUUCAAUUUGGUUUGCUGUUUGAGUGCUUUAUUUGAUUUGGGAAUCUUCGACAUGAAGCCCGGAGCCUGCUCGUUAAAAAAUGUUUCUUUUGAAAAACCUGGUCAUCUCAGACGAUUUCGAAAAAAAAAUCAAUGUGAGAGAAAUAAGUGUUCGAAAUCCUUUAAGACACCUAUUCUCAAUAAACUUGUGGCAAGAGAAAGUCACACCAACCCAAAUUUCAACAAUCGAGGUGGAUAUGAUAGCUCAAACUUACAUUCAGGCAGUAGAGUGAGACUACAUGAUCAGAGUGUAGGAUUUUCUUCCUCAAACUUAAGUUCGUCUAGAGUUUCUGUCGGAAUUUGCAGCGAGUCUUAUGGAAGUGAAAAUGGGGAUGAUGGAGACGCUGAUGUAGGAUCAAAAAGGCAAUUUUCUAAUAGAGCUGAUAACGAAUCACUGAUAAGCGAAGACGGCAUCGCGGCUUCUGUUUGCACAAAAAACUUCAGCCCACUUGGGAGUCCUCAAUCAUCUAUAGAUCUCGAAAAAGAUCCUUGUUCAAUGCCACGUUGGAUAAAAUCGUCAGGAAAUAUUCAAUCUAGGCUGCGUAAUAACGAAAAAUUAGUGUCUAAAAGUGCAUAUCGAUUCAAGUCUCGUGCUCAACAGAAACGAGGAAUGAGCUGUGAUAUCUCUAAUCAUCUGGUCCGUACGCAUUUUACUUUAGCAGCUGAAAUGUUGAUAAGAAUUAUUCGUUCAGUUGGAUGUAGACAUGGGCACAAUAAUUCAUCGAAUUUCACAAAUUCCCAUCAACAAGAGCAGCACGAAAACUCUGUAGAUCCAAGCAACCAUUUCCGGUCACUUGCACAUGACUGUCUUAUUUAUCUACACCGAUUAAAUCCUAAUUUGUUUAAACGUGUGAUAAUACGAAUUGUAUCUUCAAGUACUGUUGCCGAUUUAGUUGAAAUACUUCAUUCAUUCACCGGGUUUUGUUUAGAUCCAGUCACACGUUGUUAUGAACGUUCAGAUCAAAACAGAAAAUCUUAUUUAAAUUAUGGAAAUAGUUUUGGGCAGAAUGAUACUGGCCAAGAUACACGUGGAGCUGAAGGUUUGAUUGUAUCUUAUUUGUUCGGCCCUUUUGUCCGGCGCUUAGUCAGGUGCAGACGUGAACUGAGCAGUCAAGAGAAUGUUUCUUUAUUUUCUGACAUACGACAACUAUUCACAUAUAUUCGUGAAAUUCACGGCAGUACAUUUCGGAAAAACAUGUUAGUUGCUUUACUGUGUCCAGUACAGAGAAUAUGUGAGAUUACUACUCCUAAACCUUCAACUCCAUUGCCGAGAAUGUCAGCAAGAAACUCUAUGUGGCUUGUGCCUCGUCACGACAAAAGGCGUUCAACUUUCAAUGUGUUUAUUGAUCCUUUGGCAGAAACAGAAAGCUAUUCAAGUGGUCACAGGGAAAGUUCAUUGUACAAUGUGUUAUGUAGACCGUCGACUGCAGGAAGAAGUGUAAGAAUACAUAGUAAUGGAAGUUCAUCAAUAAUAGCAGCGUCAUUCGAAAAUGAAUAUCCUAGCCGAUCUAAGUCAGAAUGUCCUUCCACUGAUCAGUCAACAGGUCAAAUGAUAAUUGAACACCGGUGGAUUAAUUUAUCAGCGCUGAAAGAAGGUCUAUUUGAUUUUGCUUUCCUGUUAGACUGUUGUGAACCAGGUUUAAUACCAGAACCACAACUUAUUGCAGCUCUGUUUGACUUAGAUGCUCCUGUGCUAGCGCGGGCCUGCCUACUGCUAGAAUGUGCCUUUUUAGUCCACCGUUGUAAUCGAGGCGAAUGGGCUGGAUGGAUGAAAUUCAAUCUACCCAGUUCAUUUCGAUCAAGCGCUGGAUUCAUUAGUAGUAAUACUACUAAUAGCAACAAUAAUCUUUCACAAGCAAACGAAAAUAAUAAUAACAAUAUUCAUCCGGUGGAUAUAUCGGAAAUCAAACGUGUAGCUGGCUACCUAUUCUAUGCUUGGGGUGAAGCAUUGGGUCAUAGGUUGCAGUAUUUUACGUCAAUAAUGUCUUCGUCUAAUUCAUCCAUUAUUACAAAUUUGGAUUCGACUGGUGAUAAAGUUUAUGGAAGUGAUAAAAGCAAAGACGUAAACUGUCGAUCAAAUGUCGAAAUGGAACAAAACUUUUUGGAUGAUGCGUCAGUUAAUCCAACUGGAGAAAGUUGCCCGUAUGCUUUACUAACUGUCGGUGUUCAAUUGUUGUUUGAGAUAACAACUUAUCUUAGAGAAACACACCAACGUUUACCACAAGACAAUCCAAACUACGAUGGGAAAUGUGGUCAAUCAACACAACAUUCAUCCAGAAACUCGGUAAUCAAACGUUCAUUAACACGUGAAGCAAGCGGUGAUAAGAAAACUGAUACGUUUAAACACACCUAUUCUUCAGGUAGCAGUGGAGCAUCCUUUAAAGGUGCUAAAAGACGUCUCAGUAUAUUAAUGCCGAUAUUUGGAAGUGCAGGUAACAACAGCCCUGAAGAUGGUAUUGCAAACGAUAUAGAAAAACAUUCAUCUUCCACUGUAAAACCUGUAAUAACCACCAGUACAGAUAAAUCUUUCAGUGGACGUCGGGGCACUUCAUCCAGACGUAUCAGUUUCGCCGUAAUGGACGAUUCUAAGGAUAUAACUGAUUCUACAAAUGCAAGUGCGAACUAUCUUGAUCAAUCAUUAGAAGCAAAUGAAUCGCAACAUCGUUUAUCAGUGAGCAAAGGCCAUCUUCAGAAACAUCGAGGUUCUGGGAGUUUUAGAUAUUUUACUCCUCACGGAUCCGAUUUAUCUAAUGUGUUUGAACAACGCCCUAGUCUUAUGGGGCAAAUGAAUCGAACUAGUAGCGGUGAUAUCUGUACUGACGUUUUUGACGAUUCAACCGAUAAUCCUGGAACUCCAGUUUCUGAGGAUGAUAAUCAAGACGUUUAUCAUGAAGAACAAAAUUUGCUGCAAAUGAAUCAUGUCAAUAAAAGUCUAAUUCACUCGAAUCCCUUACGUUUAAAACCAAGACAAGGUCAUCAUUCCAGAUACGAUGAAACGAUCAAGUCCCAUACAUCUGUACGACGAUCUGUAUCAGCUGCCCUUUCUGCGAAGAAGUCUUUGAAAUCUAAUACAAUCCAUCAUGCCUUAGCUUUUGGGGAUAAUGAGACUUAUCAUGUGGAUGAUUACACAUCUCAUAUGCCGUGGGUUGAUGCUGUUAUAGAAUUUGCAAAUUAUACCAGUUUUGAUUGUGAUCAUCAAAAUUCAUGUGCUUCAAAUUGCUUUGAAUAUCAACAGCACCAAUGCCGAAAUUUGUUAAAUGCAAUGAAACAGGUGUAUGAAUCAGAAACUGAGAGUAAAUUUGUUAUAUCUGUUGAUCGUCAGUAUUUAUAUUCUCUAAGUACUGUUAGUAAUACGCCUACCGCUACAAAUACAAGUGCAACACUUAAUCGUGGUUUAAAUGUAACUUGUGAUACAGGUACAACUUCACCAGCAUCGUCUAAUGUAAUUCGCCAACAUAGACCAAAUGAUUCACGCUCAGAAAACUCUUCCGAUCAAGAUUCCUCACAUUUAGACUCUACUGACGAUUUAUCCGAUUCAGAUGUCACACAUCAACAACAAGUUAAUCCAGGACAUGUAAAGCAUAAAAUUAGCACACUAAAAAGUCUAUCAAAUAUUGUUCAAUCUAACGACAGUUUAACUGGUUUAAGCAAAUCAGCUGAUAACGAUCUUGAUGUCAAUAAUUUUCUAUUAAUGCAACAGGGUGCACUGGCAGCAGGUAGCGGUAGUGACUUUUGGAAAGCCAGAUCAAAACUGUUUAUAAAAUCUGCAAAAAGAAAAGAAUCUAAUAUAUUUGGACCAAGUUCAAGCCGUGAAAACAUGAAUCUACUGACCAAGAUUCGAAUGAAAUCAUUUAACCGUUCAAUCAAUCCAAGCUCGUUUGAGAAUGAUACACCGGGUUUGACAGGAUUAAUUAACCUGAGUAUGUUGGCUGGAGCAGGUGCGGGUUUGCUGAAGAGUUCUCGCCAAAGUAUAAGUCUGAAUCCACCACUGCUUGGGAUUGAGGCUGACGAAGCAAGUGAAACUUUACCAGGUUUUGAAGAUGAUGAUGGUGUUAAAAGUCAGAUUAGGAAACCUGUUAGAUUUCGUAAACAUCAUUUAGGUGAAUUACCUAUUCAGUGUUAUUUGGAUACUCAUGUAAAAAAUCUUUGUAGCAGUGGUUUCAAUCUUUUGAAUAAAGCAGCUUUACUACUUACAAAUAAUCAACUAGCAAAGAUGCUUCCGUUGGCUUGGGAGUUGCUGCUAGAAACGGAUACAGAAUUGUCAUCAAGUGCAGCAUGUUUCAUACUUUUCUGUGGUGUACGUUGCCCUCAAAUCGUUCAAGAAAUGAUUCUAGACGAAAUGCGACAUGAGAAACCUUCUCAGAGAUUUAAUGCUAUUCUACGAUUUAGAACUUUGUGGUGUCAUCGUUUUCAUGUUUGGUCGCGACUUGAAGAAAAUGCACCUAGUCAAUUAAGAGUACCUCCAUCUUUUAUUGAAUUUGUUUUGCCUUCACCUACACUCGGUUAUCCUGGAUUCGAGGCACCAGAUCCUGUUUGGCAGAUUCGUAAAGGAACAUCGGCUGAAGAGGUUCAGCUAAAACAAAACGAGGCUACGAAAACAUUUGUAACAGCUUCAACAUCUAGGCGUAAACAGCAACAGGAACUUUUGGCUCGUGCAAUAGCAACAGAAACCAUGCGAAGAAAAGAGGCCAGACAGUCUUUUCAUUUAACAACAUGCCCAGUUCUGGAACGUGCAACCAUUGAACCAGCUUUCAGCAAAGAACACAGGGAUGAAGGCAACAUUGAUGAUAAUAUCGCAAAUUCUGCAGGAUUUAAUAGUGGAGCAGGUGGUGGACAAAUAGGAGUAUCCAAUUCAACACAAGAUGAAUAUACUGCUGCUGUUCGGAGACUAAGUCUUGCACCAAUUAAUCGUACAGUUCUCAAUCAAGCUCGCAAUUUAUCGUGGCGUCAGAGCUCAAUACCUUGGUUACGGAACAGUGUUAUAGCCCAUGACGAUGAAGACCGUUGGUUAAGUGGAUCUCAUUCUUUAUUCCCAUCACAACCAUUGCAACAAGCUCAGUUGGUCUUCCCAUCUGCUCUAUGCUCUGCAUCAGUUUUACUGAUUAAUCUUUUAGAUGAUACGGCGAUAAAUGAGCAUGGAACAGCAGUAAAUACAAUAGCUGAAUAUGUGAUAUUUAAUUGUUUGCUAGAAGAUACACCAUUAUUUUUACGCUUUAUAUUCGAGCGUCUCACACGCAUAAAAAAUAAAGAUGAACUUAUAUUUAUUUUACGUAAAAUGAUUCAACGGUUACCUGAAUUACCAAUGCAGACAGCACAUGCUCUGUUCAAUAACUUAGUCGGUUAUAUUAUGUUUCAUAUUCGUACACCAAGUUUCAAUGCACCUCAGUCAAUUGCCAGUGCGUUAUCAGUUCUUCAUUUGAUUAUUCCAUACGUUCAAAAUAUCUACUUUAAGGAUUUGAAACAGACAAUGAGAAGAGAACAAAUCGAUUCUACACUUUUACUAACAGCUAACUUACCUUGUGCUAAACAAUUCAACGUGUUUGAUAAUAGUAUUGGUGUCGCUCAACUAGUUCGUUUACAAGACGAAAACAAGGACUAUCAGUUUGAAGACAUUCUGAAAGAUGUUCUGUCGGCGAGUGACAUACUCGAAGAUGAAAGAAGUUCUUACUACCUUUGUGACGAACGUUCUAAUAUUAUACGAAACUCUUCCCAUUACAUUCGUGAUUUCUAUUCAUUCAAACGUAAUCAUACUCCUAAAUUACGCUUGCGUCAGUAUGACAAGAAACACGGCAUGUAUCUACUGCAACAAAAUGCUCUCAGUCUGAAAUUUCAAGAAAUUGGUAAAGUAUCAUUUACGCUGUCAGUACUUCGAUGUACGCCAACUGCACAGAUUCCCAAUCACGUUUUUUUCUUACAUGAAGAGUUAACUAAACUACCAUCAUUUCCACGUAAAGCAUUAGAAUCCGACUUCAAUCUUUACGACUGGCCUACAUAUGGGCGUCCACUAUUUGCAUUAGAUACAAUACACAAGUUAUCUUGGUGUCAUUUAAUAUCCAGUUUAUUCAUGAUGAUGCCUAAAACGUAUCCAUGGUCAUCGGAUUUACAAAUAUUUUUGAAUGUAUACAAUGGUACACUGAUAUUACAUGCAGAAGACUCAUCAGUUUUACGACAGUGUCUAGCAUUCUUCAUACAGUGCUGUUAUCAAUUCAAAACAGUAUUUGCAACCACAGGCUACUCUGGUAUUGUACCGACAUUGGUACGUGUUUAUAACCAAAAUACACAUAAUCCAGUACUUACACAAGCUAUUGAAUUUACAUUUAGACAAUUUUAUGUAAUGCAUAGAACACCAUUUAUAUUACAACUGCUAGGAUGCAUCGCCAAUUAUGUAACGACUAAUAAUGAAAUAAUUGGUGUGGGAGAUGAAUUUUACCGAAUUCAACCAGGGGCUGUAUACAGAUUAUUACGUGUUAUAAGCCGUCCUUUAGAUGAUAACCUUCGUAUUUUGGAGUUAUGUAAUAUUCAGAAGCCGUUGGAAGCUUUGGAUUUUUGUUAUGACGAUGAAGAGGCUAACUGGUCUAUUUUGGAAGUAAUCAAUCUCUGUGUAGCUGUCAUAGUCUAUGCUCCUGAUUCAUAUAGAUCCAGGCAAAUGUUGAUUAUUCUCCAAGCUCUAGUGCCACUAAUUCUUAAAGACUUGCCAUACAUAUGUGCAGAAGAAGGCAAUGGUACUGAUCCAAAAAAGGCAGAGUUAACAGCUAUUCAGAAAAUUUCAAUAGCAAUGCGUCAGCUUACUUCAACAGCCGAGUUCAUGAGCAGAAGAAUUGAAGACAUUCGUCAACUGAAUUACCUUGCUCCAGGUGGUCCAACUGAAUGUCGUAAGGAAACACCUGGUCUCUUGUUGACUGGAGUAGCCACCAGGCUAGUAAAUUAUGAGGCUGCAAAGAGUAACUUCAAGUCAUUAGAUAAAACAAAAUAUAACGAAACAGCUGAGAAAACAACAAGAAGUGGAUUAUGUAGUGAAAUCAACAAUUUGUCUGUAAAUAAAGGUUUUCCUCUAUCAGUAAGUUCAAAUACAUCACGUGAAAGGGAGAUUCAGUCGAAUCAAAUGCUGAGAAAUCCUGCUGCAGUAACAAGUGGUCAUCACCGUCCGACAGCUUAUGAACCCAGAGAAGCAGUUUUACAGUUGGCUUGCGAAUUUUUAUCUACCUGUUCCGGGCGUCUUUUGGAAAUGGAAGAAAAACAACGUAUAUCUGAUCUUUUAGACGCUAAAUCACACAUGCGAUUAGCCGAUAUAGCUCAAUUCAUGCUGAAACAAGUUUCUAACAGCCCAGAUUUCCUAGUUAGUUCAGCUUUACAACGUUAUUUUCUGGAAGUGCUGCCAGUUAUCGAUUGGAGCCAUGAAUCACUGAGAUCAUGUAAAGCAUUGGAAUGUCUUUUAGGUCGACUGAAUAGGACGCUACCAAAGAUGCUUGAAUUCGCCAUUAGAUCCAAGACGACUCAUCAUUGGGAUGAAUUUGUGAAGUUGAUUCGAUCAGUUUAUUAUAUACUGAAAAGGAAUCGAUCUGUAGCACAUAUGAAAGAAAUUCGCGUUUUAGCUGAAAUUUUAAAGAAAGCUGUCGUUUUUGACAUAUCUAGAUAUUUAUCUAGCUUUCCUAAAUCACGUCUAGAUAUUCAACCUAAUCAUGCGACUAGUCAUCAUGGUAGACCAAGCUUUGGAGAAGUUUUGUUCGGAAUUACAUCACAAGAAUCAAGCAGUAUAAGUGCUUCUGUAGGAGUUCCAAAACAAUCCAACAAAAUGAAACACAUUCCUUUAAAUGGCGAUGCCGGAUCGUAUUGUUCACCUAGACACAGCAAUCAAGAAAAUUGGCCUGAAACUGACCUUGACGAGAGUGAUAAAUAUCCCUACCAGUUCACUACUGAAGUGAUUCGUCUGUUAUCCCUUUUCUUACAGAUUUUAGGACCCCACUGCAGUUUAAAAGAUUUAUGUGAACGAAUUUCACCAGAGUACAACAUUCGUUUUCCAACAUUACGUGAAGGUGGAUUUCAGACGCUUGUAAUUUACUUAAACAAUCUAAUACUACCAAUGUUAUUUCGAGGUUGUGCUGGACGCAAAGACUCACCAACUCUUUCAAGAGACAAUGUUUUCUAUGCACUGGAUGUAUGUAUAACGGCCUUGUUUGCAACAGAUUAUUCAUCGAAUACUGAUGGACAAAGAUCUAUAUACAAUUUGACCACCAUAAGUAACUCAACUCAACAACAGCAACAAACAUGUGAAUCGAGUCAAUCAGGACCCCUGUCUGGUAAAUUAAAGGAUAAAAGUAAUAAAAGUCAAACUACAGGAUUUGAACUACGCACAAAUCCAAGUAUAUCACUUAAUAGACAAGCAACUGGAUCCAUUGCACAAGACAAUAUUUCCACUAUUACCACUUCAAAUAAUAACUCUGCUUCAAUAAAGCUAGUUAAUUUAUCAAAUUUAUCAACAGACUGCGAAGGUGGCUCGUAUGCCAGUUUAAUACGUUUACUUAGUCCAUCGUUGGUUAAAAUCCUGCCAGAUGAAAGCGGACCUUUGACUACUUCAGUACAAAUUACCAUUUCAAAUAAGUGUCAAGGAAAACAAGAUAGUUUUCAGUUAAAAUCACGUCCUUCUGUAAUACCGAAUUUAAACAAAACAAGUAUAUUAACUCAGAAAAGUCGUCCACAAGCAUAUUAUUCUAAACUUUUAGAUCCAACUUCAAUUAAUCUUGGGUUUCCCAUAGAUAAAAUUAAAAGUUUUAAGGCUGAGUUUGCGCACCGGCUUGGAUUUUUGGGUUUGAAAUUAAUUCUUGUGGCGUAUACGCGUCAUGCGGCUGUUCGAAUGAAACUGCUAGUAGCUGCAUUAACACAAUUAGCUUUGAAUGGUCAAAAUGGUAUCCAGCUGUGGAAAUUUUUCGAUUUCUUAGUUACUUAUAGACCACCACUAUUUGUACACUUACUGCCAUUUAUUCGAUUCAAAAUGGCUCUACUUCAGUGUGCAAGUCAAGGGGAACAAGCGUAUCAACAAAUUGUUAAUCAAAAAUUAAUUGGAUUACAUUUACCUAUCCCACAAACAGUCGCUUCAAUUUUAAGAAGUUUGUCGAAUGAACUGCAAAUUAUCAACUCUGAUAUAAAAGCGUUUAGUAAACGAAUUUACAACGAAAUAACUUCUCCUAGAACGUCAGGUUUACAUGAUUCAUUGCGUCGUUUACGUUCAUCAGAUAAUACAAGUUCCGUUUCCGCUCGUAGUAACAAGCAUACUAAAUUAACUAAAGUUGUAUCGAAAAAUACAAAUGAAUAUACACAUAAGUCUUCUCACAAAGUGUCCUCAAAAGAUCAAGUAAAUCAGAAACUACAAUCACAUGUUCUGGCUUCAGUUACAUCGAACUCUACAUGUAGUGUAGAUUACCGUGAUGAAAAUAUCAUUGGAAUAUCAAAUUUGGACAGGCAUUUACUUGGAAGAAAAAGCCUCAAUCAGGAGUUUAGACAAACUACUGGAGUACGAGAUCCUCGAAAACGUAUCCAUGCACAUGAGGGCAGUUGUCUCCUAGUGAGAACUAGAGAUUAUGGUCAAGCGGAUCCAAUUUUAACUGGUAAGUGUGGUAUUUAAAAUCCAAGAGUUCCGCCUAUUUCGUUCUUGCCAAAAUACGGAUUUUUAUUUGUAAUUUCUAGGUGUCAGUAUUCCUCUUUGAUAAUAGAUGCAAUCACAAUAUCAAACAGUGCCAUUAAUUGUAUAAUCACCUAAUUCUUUUUCAAGUUAUAAGGUACAUGCAGCAAGAAUAACAUAAUUGCCCAAUCUCCCAAUUUUAGGGAUAAUUUGACCAAUUUUGGGGAAGCCGUCAUAGUAAAGUUUGGGGAAAUUUUGGCGAAGAACGUAAAAUUUCCCGACUACGAGGUUUUCCCCAAAGCUAAUUAGCUCACUACUUAUGUCUUGGAUUCAGUUAUAAAACCUAUCAAGGACAAAUAACCCUGUAGAAUCUACAAGUAGUUUGAUGCAACUUUCUUGUUAAAAUCAUAAAAUGACUGACUACAGUAGAUGAAUUUAAGGUGCCACAUUAGUAACGGUUAGAAACGUUACUCUUGAUUGUUGAUAGAUCUUCGAUACAGAAGAUCUAUAAUUUAACUUGUGUGUUACAGGAACACCCAACAUAUAAGACACAUCCAAUAUUAGGCAAUAAUGAGACAUAUGGCUUCUGCAGAAAGUCUAGUAAGAAAAAGCCAAAAAACAGGACAUAAAAGGAUUAGAACUCAGGAGACAAAGCUGACUGGGAAUGCUCAGAUGUAUAAAAAUCUUCGUACGGAUACUUUGCAAGCCAGACUAUCUAAUGAUUCAAAUGCAGAUAAUCAAAGUGAAAAUUCACUAGUUAGUGAAGGGUUAAUAACACCAGUUGGACCAGCAGCAGCUGCCGCAAUCGCCUCAUCACUUUAUGGAUCUGGUGAGAUAAUUUUUAUGAACUCAUUCAAUGUAAUAAGUUUUAGAUGUACAAAAUUAAUCAAGUCAAGAAAGAAAUGAAUAGUAUUUGAUCAGUACCUUGUGAAACUAAAAUACUUGUUAUGUACUUGGACAGAACGAGUAAAGUGGUAAAUAAUUCUAUAAGCAUUCAGAAGCAAAUUUGACACAUGAACAGCCGAUUAACGGUGGUCUUAUUACCAUCUGUCAGUCGAAUAUAUGAUUUUAGAUAUCUUAAAGAAUUUUCUCAGUAGUACUUGGUAUGCGCUAGCCGUGGUCCUGACAAAAUUUGCUGAAAGGCUCUUUCGAUUAUUAUAUGAAAAUAACAGUUCGAUUAUUUGUAUUUCAUUAAUGCUGUACAACACAAGUGUUGAUAUGGCUAGCAUUAGCUAAUCUAGUAAGUGUUUUAACGAAAGUGC